CCAAUUUCCUGCGUAGCUGAACAAACCUCAAAGAAGUGAAGUGGUGGAGGAUCCACCGAGUCUGAUCCCGUCUCAGACUGCACGUGUCACAUGCUUGCUGAAAUGCAAUUUGCGUUCUCUACUUUGUUUACUUUCCAUGUGAAGCGCUCUCCUAAGACCUAACCUUUACGCAGUGGGUGACUUUCUUUAUGGGAGUAAAAGGAAGCUACAUUAUGAAAUAGCUGUUAUGGGAACGAUACAAGCUAUCUAGGAUUCAAAGGUCUAAACACUAUUUUAAAAGGCAAAGAUAUUCCAACACAUCAAAACAAACCCAAAAAAUCCACCAGCCGCUCUUUCAACUGAAGUGAUGAAACCCAAAGAAUUCAGAUAGCUAAAUGGAGAAAAUGAGAAGAAAGUUCAUCUAAGAAUCUGCCAUUGGUGAAGUGAUGAAGAACAUUUACUGGCUUGUUCUGAAACUUGUCAAUUUUGUGACUCUUGGCUGCAUAUGGAUUUCUGUGGUACAGUGUACAAUUUUAAACAGCUGCCUAAAGUCAUGUGUAACUAACCUGGGCAGACAGCUUGAUGUGAGCACACCAUACAAUCUGAGUGAACCGUGCAUCCAAGGAUGUCAUUUUUGGAACUCUGCAGAUCAGGAAAACUGUACUUUAAAGUGUAAUGAUACCUAUGCUGCUGUUUGUGAGCGAGAAUCCUGUGAGGUCGGCUGCAGCAGCGGGGAAGGUGCAUACGAAGAGGAAGUGCUAGAAAAUACAGACCUCCCCACUGCACCAUUUGCUUCUUCCAUUGGAAGCCACAGUGUGACAUUACGAUGGAAAUCGGCCAACAUCUCUGGAGUAAAAUACAUCAUUCAGUGGAAAUAUGCACAACUGCCUGGAAGCUGGACUUACACUGAGGCCGUGUCCAAGCUCUCCUAUGUGGUAGAGCCCUUGCAUCCCUUCACUGAAUAUAUUUUUCGAGUGGUUUGGAUCUUCACAGCCCAGCUGCAACUGUAUUCCCCUCCAAGUCCCAGUUAUAGGACUCAUCCUUAUGGAGUUCCUGAAACUGCUCCUCUCAUUAGCAAUAUUGAAAGCUCCAGUCCCGACACGGUGGAAAUCAGCUGGGUUCCACCUCAAUUCCCAGGUGGACCUAUUUUGGGUUAUAACUUAAGGCUGAUUAGUAAAAAUCAAAAGUUAGAUUCAGGGACACAGAGAACCAGUUUCCAGUUUUACUCCACUCUACCAAAUACCACCUACAGGUUUUCUGUUGCAGCAGUAAAUGAAGUUGGUGAGGGGCCAGAAGCAGAAUCUAGUAUUACCACUUCAUCCCCAGCAGUUCAAGAAGAGGAACAGUGGCUCUUUUUAUCCAGGAAAACUUCUCUACGAAAGAGAUCUUUAAAACAUUUAGUAGAUGAAGCACAUUGCCUUCAGUCAGGGGCUACACACCGUAAUAUUACAGGAAUAUCAGUUAAUGUCCACCAGCAAGUUGUUUAUUUCUCUGAAGGAACUCUCAUAUGGGUGAAGGGAGCUGCCAACAUGUCUGAUGUGUCUGACCUGAGAAUUUUUUACAGUGGUUCAGGAUUAAUUUCUUCCAUCUCCAUAGACUGGCUUUAUCAGAGAAUGUAUUUCAUCAUGGAUCAACUGGUAUGUGUCUGUGAUUUAGAAAACUGCUCAAACAUUGAGGAAGUUACUCCUCCCUCAAUUAUUGCACCUCAAAAAAUUGUGGCUGAUUCAUACAAUGGGUAUGUCUUUUAUCUCCUGAGAGACGGCAUUUAUAGAGUCGAUCUCCCCGUGGCUUCUGGUCGGGACUCGGAAGUUGUGCGUAUUGUGCAGAGUGGCACAUUAAAGGACUUUGCAAUCAAGCCACAGUCCAAGCGAAUCAUUUACUUCAAUGACACCGCCCAAGUCUUCAUGUCAAUCUUUCUGGAUGGCUCCGUGUCCCACCUUGUCCUACCUCAUGUCCCCUUUACUGAUGUGAAGAGCUUUGCUUGUGAAAACAACGACAUCCUGGUCACAGAUGGCAAGGCUGUUUUCCAACAGGAUUCUCUGUCUUUUAAUGAGUUCAUCGUGGGAUGUGACCUGAGUCACAUAGAAGAAUUUGGGUUUGGCAACUUGGUCAUCUUUGGCUUGUACACCCAACCACACCCGCUGCCGGGCUGCCCACAGCAGCUCUCAGUGCUGUUCGGCUCACACCAGGCCCUGGUUCAGUGGAAGCCCCCUGUGCUCGCCAUUGGAGCCAGCCCUUCCGCCUGGCAGAACUGGACUUACGAGGUGAAAGUAUCAACCCAAGACUUUCCUGAAACCACUCACGUGUUCUCUAAUAUAAGUGGGACCAUCCUUAAUGUACACGACCUUCAGAGUGCUACGAAAUACAAGGUUUUUGUGAGAGCAAGUUCUCCCAAGGGGCCAGGCCCUUGGUCAGAGCCCUCAGUGGGAACUACCCUGGUACCAGCUGCAGAGCCACCAUUUAUCAUGGCUGUGAAAGAAGAUGGGCUUUGGAGUAAACCAUUAAAUAGCUUUGGCCCAGGAGAAUUCCUAUCCUCUGAUAUGGGAAAUGUAUCAGACAUGGAUUGGUAUAACAACAGCCUCUACUACAGCGACAUGAAAGGUGAUGUCUAUGUGUGGCUGCUGAAUGGGACGGACAUCUCAGAGAAUUAUCACAUACCCAACAUUGCAGGAGCAGGGGCUUUAGCUUUUGAGUGGCUGGGUCACUUUCUCUACUGGGCUGGAAAGACAUACGUGAUACAAAGGCAGUCUCUGUUGACAGGACACACAGACAUUGUGACUCACGUGAAGUUGUUGGUGAAUGACAUGGUGGUGGACUCAGUUGGCGGAUAUCUCUAUUGGACCACACUGUAUUCAGUUGAAAGUACCAGGCUAAAUGGAGAAAGUUCCCUUAUACUACAGGCACAGCCUUGGUUUUCUGGGAAAAAGGUAAUUGCUCUAACUUUAGACCUUAGUGAUGGGCUCCUGUAUUGGUUGGUUCAAGACAGUCAGUGUAUUCACCUGUACACAGCUGUUCUUCGGGGUCAGAGGAGUGCUGGGGACACCACCAUCACAGAGUUCGCAGCCUGGAGUACUUCUGACAUUUCCCAGAACUCACUGAUGUACUACAGUGGUCGACUCUUCUGGAUCAAUGGCUUUAGGAUUAUUACAGCUCAGGAAAUAGAUCAGAGAACUAGCGUCUCUGUUUUGGAACCAGCCAAAUUUAAUCAGUUCACAAUUAUUCAGACAUCCCUCAAGCCUCUGCCAGGGAACUUUUCCUUUACCCCUAAGGUUAUCCCAGACGCCAUCCCAGAGUCUUCAUUUAUAAUUGAAGGAAAUGCUUCGAGUUUUCAAAUCCUCUGGAAUGCUUCCCCAGCAGUGGAUUGGGGUGUAAUUUUCUACAGUGUGGAAUUUAGUGCUCAUUCUAAGUUCCUGGCUAGUGAACAACAUUCUUUACCUGUAUUUACUGUGGAAGGGCUGGAGCCCUAUGCCUUAUUUAAUCUUUCUGUCACUCCUUAUACCUACUGGGGAAAGGGCCCCAAAACAUCUCUAUCACUCCGAGCACCUGAAACAGUUCCAUCAGCACCAGAGAAUCCCAGAAUAUUUAUAUUACCAAGUGAAAAAUACCACAAUAAGAAUGAAGUUGUGGUGGAAUUUAGGUGGAAUAAACCUAAGCACGAAAAUGGUGUGUUAACAAGAUUCGAAAUUUUCUAUCAAAUAUCCCACCAAAGCGACACAAACAAAACAUUCAAAGACUGGAUUGCUGUCAAUGUCACUUCCUCAGUGAUGUCUUUUCAACUUGAGGGUAUGAGUCUUGGGUACAGUGUUGCCUUCCAGGUUCGAGUCUUCACAUCCAAAGGACCUGGACCAUUUUCUGACAUAGUAAAGUCCAAAACAUCAGAGAUCAAUGCAUUUCCAUACCUCAUAACUUUUUUUGAUAACAAGAUAGUUUUGUUAGAUAUGGAUCGAAAUCAAGUUGUAUGGACACUUUUGGCAGAAGGCGACGUUGGUGCCAUGGGCUACACAGCUGAUGACGCAGUGGCGUACUAUGCUCAGGGAGACUCACUCUUCCUCCUCAAUAUGCACAAUCAGUCCAGCUCUGAGAUUUUCCGAGAUGCAGUGGUUUUUGAUAUCACAAUUAUUACAAUUGACUGGAUUUCAAGGCACCUCUACUUUGUGCUGAAAGAAUCACAAAACGGAAUGCAAAUAUUUGAUGUCGAUCUUGAAAACAAGGUGAAAUAUCCCAGGAAGCUGAAAAUUUGCAACAGAAAUUCAACAAUAAUCUCUUUUUCUGUAUAUCCUUUCUUAAGUCGCCUGUAUUGGACAGAAGUUUCUGAUUUUGGAUCUCAGAUGUUCUACUACAGUAUUAUCAACCAGACCUUGCACCGAAUUCUGCAACCACCAGCCAUAAACCAUCCAAAUGGAAGAAGCCAAUGUUCUUGCAAUGUGACUGAAUUCGAGUUAAGUGGAGCAAUGACUAUUGAUACCUCUGACCUAAAGAAACCACGGAUAUACUUUGUCAAAGGGCAAGAGAUCUGGGCAAUGGAUCUGGAAGGAUGUCAGUGUUGGCAAGUUAUCAUCAUGCCUGCUCUGCUUGGAAAAAUGCUUGUUAGCUUGACUGUGGAUGGACAAUUUCUAUAUUGGAUCUCCACAGCAAAGGACAGCACACAAAUUUAUCAGGCAAAGAAAAGCAAUGGGUCCAUCCUCUCCCAGGUGGAGGCCCUAAGUAGUAAGCAUAUCUUGGUUUACAGUUCAGUUCUGCAGCCUUUUCCAGAUAGAGCAUUUCUGUCUCUAGCUUCAGAUAUUGCAGAGCCAACUAUACUUAACGCCACUAACACCAGCCUCACAAUCAGAUUACCACCUGCCCAGACAAACCUCACAUGGGAUGGCAUCACCAGCCCCACUCCCACAUACCUGCUUUAUUACAAAGAAGUAAAUGACAGGAAGAACAGCUCUGAACUGAAAGAUAGAAUGCUGGAAUUUCAGGAGAGUAUAGCCCUUAUUGAAGGUUUACAGCCAUUUUCAACAUAUAUGAUACGGAUAGCUGUAAGGAAUUAUUAUUCAGAUCCUUUGGAACAAUUACCUCCGGGAAAAGAGAUUUUGGGAAAAACUAAAAGUGGAGUACCAGAGGCGGUUUGGCUCAUUAACACAACUGUGCAGUCAGACACCAGCCUCGUUAUAUCCUGGAGAGAAUCUCACAAGCCAAAUGGACUGAAAGAGGCAGUCCGCUAUCAGGUGGCAAUCUCUCAUCUGGCUCCCAUUCCUGAGACUCCACUAAGGCAAAGUGAAUAUCCAAAUGGGAGGCUCUCUCUCCUUAUUACUAGACUGUCUGGUGGAAAACUCUAUGUGUUAAAAGUUCUGGCCUGCCACGCCAAGGAAAUGUGGUGCACGGAGAGUCGUCCUGUCACUGUGGAAACGUUUGACACGCCAGAGAAACCUCAUGCCUUGGUUCCAGAGAACACGAGUUUGCAAUUAGAUUGGAAGGCUCCAUCUAAUGUUCACCUUAUCAGAUUUUGGUUUGAACUCCAAAAGUGGAAGCAUAAUGAGUUUUACCACGUUAAAGCUUCGUGCAGCCAAGGUCCUGCUUAUGUUUGUAACAUCACAGAUCUACAGCCUUAUACUUCCUAUAAUAUCCGAGUAGUGGUGGUGUACAGGACAGGAGAAAAUAGCACCUCACUUCCAGAAAGCUUUAAGACUAAACCUGGAGUCCCAAGUAAACCAGGCAUUCCAAAAUUAUUAGAAGGGAGUAAAAAUUCAAUACAGUGGGAAAAAGCUGAUGAUAAUGGAAGCAGACUUAUGUACUAUAUCCUUGAGAUCAGUAAGGGCACUUCAAACAAUUCACAGAACCAGAAUUUAAUGUGGAAGAUGGCAUUAAAUGGCUCAUGCAGUAGCAUUUGCACAUGGAAGUCCCAAAACCUGAAAGGAACAUUUCAGUUCAGAGUAGUAGCUGUAAAUAAUCUGGGUUUUGGUGAAUAUAGUGGAAUCAGUGAGGAUAUUAUAUUCGUUGGAGAUGGUUUUUGGAUACCAGAAACAAGCUUUAUACUUACUACUAUAAUUGGAAUAUUUCUGGUUGUUACAAUCCUAUUGACCUUUGUAUGGCACAGAAGAUUAAAGAAUCAAAAAACUCCCAAGGAAGGGCUGACGGGUCUCAUAAACGAAGACAAAGAGUUGGCUGACCUUCGAGGUCUGGCCGCUGGAGUAGGACUGGCGAAUGCCUGCUAUGCGAUACAUACGCUUCCAACCCAAGAGGAGAUUGAAAGUCUUCCUGCCUUCCCUCGGGAAAAACUGACUCUGCGUCUCUUGUUGGGAAGUGGGGCCUUUGGAGAAGUGUAUGAAGGGACAGCGGUAGACAUCUUAGGAGUUGGAAGUGGAGAAACCAAAGUAGCAGUGAAGACUUUGAAGAAGGGCUCCACAGACCAGGAGAAGAUUGAAUUCCUGAAGGAGGCACAUCUGAUGAGCAAGUUUAAUCAUCCCAACAUUCUGAAGCAGCUUGGAGUUUGUCUGCUGAAUGAGCCCCAGUACAUCAUCCUGGAACUGAUGGAAGGAGGAGACCUUCUUACCUAUUUGCGUAAAGCCCGGAUGACAUCGUUUCACGGUCCUUUACUCACCUUGGUUGACCUUGUAGACCUUUGUGUAGAUAUUUCAAAAGGCUGUGUCUACUUGGAGCAGAUGCACUUCAUUCACAGGGAUCUGGCAGCUCGGAAUUGCCUUGUCUCUGUAAAGGACUAUACUAGUCCAUCACGGAUAGUGAAGAUUGGGGACUUUGGACUUGCGAGGGACAUCUAUAAAAAUGAUUACUAUAGAAAGAGAGGAGAAGGCCUGCUCCCUGUUCGGUGGAUGGCUCCAGAAAGUUUGAUGGAUGGAAUCUUCACUACUCAGUCUGAUGUAUGGUCUUUUGGAAUUUUGAUUUGGGAAAUUUUAACUCUUGGUCAUCAGCCUUAUCCAGCUCAUUCUAACCUUGAUGUUUUAAACUAUGUGCAAACAGGAGGGAGACUGGAGCCACCAAGAAAUUGUCCCGAUGAUCUGUGGAAUUUAAUGACCCAGUGCUGGGCUCAAGAACCUGACCAAAGACCUACUUUCCAUAAAAUUCAAGAACAGCUACAGUUAUUCCGAAAUUUUUCCUUAAAUAGUAUUUCUCAAUGCAGAGGAGAAACAAACCCCAGUGGAGUCAUAAAUGAAGCCUUUGAAGAUGAAGAUGGUCAUAUGAUUUGUUCGAAUUCAGAUGACGUUAUGUCAACUGCUUUACUGGAAACCAAGAACCAAGAAGGGUUAAACUAUAUGGUACUUGCUACAGAAUGCAGACAAGGUGAAGCAAAUUCUGAGGGUCCUCUAAGCUCCAAGGCAUCUGAAUCUUGUGGUCUGAGGAAAGAAGAGAAGGAACCACAUGCAGACAAAGACAUCUGCCAAGAAAAACAAGUGGCUUACUGCCCUCCUGGCAAGCCUGAAGGCCUGAACUAUGCCUGUCUCACUCACAGUGGAUAUGGAGAUGGGUCUGAUUAAUAGCUCUGUUUGGGAAAUGCAGAGUUGAGAGAAACACUCCUCCCAUUAAGUAGUCGCUGCAAGAAAACCUAGUAGAAUGAUAGAUGUUGUGGGUGGUGGUCUAUGACUCUGAAUUAACACAGAGAAGUUCCUGAGUUCUCAUCUUGGCCCCAAGAGCCAUGUGGUUUUAGUUGUGACAAUCCCCAUACCAACUGUCUAACCUUCAGCAGAAUUCUGAGGUGAACUUUGGAGCAUUUGGGAAAGCUUAGAAAGACUCAUGAGUCUGGAAAUGAAACUGUGAUUCCUCACCCCGAGCUCCCUUAGGCCACUGCCCACCCUUCAGUCUGGGCUGUAAGAGAAACAUCUUAGUUAGAUGGUUAAAGACUAAACACUUAUGUUUAGAGACCUGAAGGAGGAGGAUAGAAGUGUGCUCAAGGGGCCAAAUGAACUACAGAUUAUCCCAAAAGGGACAAAGGAGGUGACUAAAUAACUCUACACAUACAGAAGGAACUAGCACCUUUGACACGAGAAGUCAUUUUGAAAGCUAUUACUACAAUAAAAUAUUGUCCUAAUUACUACUCUAAAAUACUUUGUAUUUUGGAGACUUGGAACAGCAGCUUCAGUCAUGUUGACAACAGGACCAUGAAGGUGUCUACGUCCUAAAGCUUAGCAUUCCAUGAUCUUUGGGUCAUAUAAAAAUCACUCUGUGACUUGUGUGCUAUUACAGAAAUUAGCUAAUAUAAAGAUGGUUUUUGUUUGCCAUAUCUCUUUCAUACAUAACAUACU